UAUUUCAGAAAAUUUUAAUUGAUAUAUUUCACACAAUCGGCUUCAUCAGUAUUAUAUAAUCUGUAAUUUCCUCACGCGGUGUAAUAUUUGAUCUCCCUCCUCGGUCGCUGCUAGGAGACGCCACAAACAAAUCGCUUCCAUGGUAACCAGCAAGAGACUGUUGGAAGUUAACCGCUGAGCUGUUUGCUGUGGAAAAAAUAACUCAGGAUUAAGUUUUAUUAUUAUGGCUUUACCAUUUCUGCCAGGAAACUCUCCCAAUGUUAAUCUGGGAAAGGAGAGAUUUCACAAAUCCCAACAUUUUGAGUGUUUUAAUGGACUCCCGAUGUUGGUGGAGUUAGACAAGCCGGGUAUCGGAGGAGAACGUUUAUUCGGCAAAAAGAUGAAAUCAAAGUAUUCUGUCUACCCCAAAGAAGAUGGCCGUAAUCUUCCAUCAUGGAUAGCCUUUGACAAAAAGGUUCUGUGCUUUGAAGCUUAUUUUCAUGAGGAAGUGCUGGUGGCCCAGGAUGAAACGUACAGAAUCAGAAAGUGCAAGAUCUACUUCUACCUGGAGGAUGAUACCAUCCAGGUGGUGGAGCCACAGCGCAAGAACAGUGGCAUCCCUCAAGGAACACUUAUUCAUCGCCACCGUAUCCGUCUGCCUCCCCCAAAUGAUGAUGACUUCUACAACAUUUUCCAUUUUAACAUCAACCAACAGAUGGUGUUCUACUCUCGCACAUUUACUCUGACAAACUGUGAUGCCUUCACAAGAAACUUUCUUACAAAACUUGGGGUGCGGCUGAAUGACCCUGCCACGGUGCCUGACGAUCCCUUCAGCAAGCAGCGGGAACAGCUUGAGGAGAGUAUGAAGCCACUUCGCCCUUACGAAAGGCACAACACUCUGAAGAAGUUCCUGGAUCAUGACCGCAAAGUCCUUCGAUUCUUUUGCUUCUGGGAUAAUCCCGUUUACAGAGAUCCACAGGAGCUCGUACUUCACUACUUCCUGGCUGAUGACACUGUAUCGAUCACGGAGGUGAUCCCAUCAAACCCUCGAAGGCCUACUGUUUCCACAUUCCUGCGCCGCGGCAAACUACCUAAGCAUGCUCCAGCCCAAAUGAAGCAGCUUGGACAGGUCACAGACCGCACAGUUCUCAAUGUGUUGGCCUCCGAGAGCCAGGGAGCACGCUUCAUGCUGGACAGCCUCAACACCGGAGCUGUCGAUGAGGACUUUUACAAGGACUCAGAUCUGGUUGUCGGUGGGAAGGUGAAUGUGUGGGGAAGGAAAGUAAUUAUCACUGACUGUGAUGAAUUCACUAAAAAUUACUACCGCUCCAAAUAUGGCAUAGAGGACUUCACCCCAGUGCAGUACAAAGCUCCCCUGGCCCCUAAGCCGCCAAUGUCUGUGCCCCCCUACAACGGCUUUGGCUCAGAGGAAGACUCCUUGAGCUCAUGUCAGAGCAUUUUGCUCAAACCCCAUAAAAAAGAUUUCCACAAAUUCAUGAAGAAAGACGGAAAUGUGCUGAAUUUCCGUGCCAAAAUGAUGACCACUGAUCUGGUUGACAGAGACAGGGUGUUCAUCAUUUCCUUCUACCUCUGCGAUGACUCCAUGAGUGUGUUUGAACAGCCACAGAAGAACUCAGGCAUUCUUGGUGGGAAGUUUCUGGAACGCUGCCGGGUGAAGAAGCCAGGCCAGGAGCUGUUUAAGAGCAAACCCUCUGAGUACUUCACAGCUCAAGAUCUGCAUGUCGGAGUCAUCCUUUCCAUCAAUGGUCACAACUUCCAUCUUCUGGAUGCUGAUGAAUACACGCUGAAGUACAUGGAGCAGCAUGCUGAUGAGUUUCCCAAAGCCAACACAGGCAGCAUCCUCAGCAAACUGCGUUCCAUUUCAGAGGGAAAACAGAGCGAGAUCAGGAAGUUUCUGACUCUCAGUGACCCCACCAACACCGGCUUCAUCCCAUAUGAGUCAUUCAGGGGCCUGCUGAUGGGCCUGGACUGUGGUCUGUCGGAGCACGAAAUUCUGGUUCUGGGCCGAUGUUUCUCAGAGAACAAGCAGCCUGAGGUGGACGUGGGCCUGAUGUUGGCCGUGGCCCAGGACAUCCUAAAGAGGAAGCACUUUGAGAAGUUCCCAGAAAUGGUGAAAGUAUUUUCACACCAUGACCGACGCAAAAUUGGCCGUCUCUCCACCAAAGAGACAAGGACCUUUUGUAAAGCCUUCCAGCUUCCAGUGCCUGGGAACCUCCUCGAAAGUCUGCUCAGCAAGUUUUGUGAUGGAGACUACAUCGACUAUCAUGCGUUUAUUGCUGGCCUUAACUGGUUAGAACAUCCUGCACCACCAGUCAUGCCCGAGGACAUCCUAAGGUUUGAGGUGAAUCUGAGGUUUGACAACGGAGGAGCUGCACUGAAAAACAUCAACUACUCCACACUUCUGCAGGAUGUAUUCAGCUUCAAUUCCAACAUUGAGGACCCAACCACCACCGUCUCAGCAUAGACACUUAAAAGCAAUUCUUCCUCAAGAACAGUAAUUUUUCAACACAAACACUCAUUCAUGCAUCACUCAUUCCUCCAUUAAAGAGCAUC